AUUAGAUUAAAGCCACAGUUUUUAUGCUCUUCUCAUUCCCUUUUUUUUCUUUGUUGUCUGAGGCUCUGAACUCUGAGCUCAGUCACUAACUACUCAGUACUGCUACUACUCCUACUAUGCCAAUCAACAAUUUUUCUUCUCCUAAUUACUACUCCUACUAUUAUUCUCGUCGCAAUUCUAUUUCCAUGCCUUCUUCUUUUCUCAUUUUCUAACUUUUGUUCCUCUUUUUUACUUCUUUUCUUUUGAUAGGAAGAAAAAAAAAGCUUAGCUUGCAACAAUAUAUUUCCAAUAUGGCUCUGCCUCAAAUCUUGCCAUCCACUUCUUCUUCAAUAAUCCCAAGCAAAUCCCACUUAAACCCCCCUGCUAAUUCCCACUUAAACCAUCCCCUUAAACCCUUCGUUUCUUCCCCAUCAGCACCACCGCCACUUCACCACCGCCAGUGGCGGCGCAGACCCAAUCUCCUCCGCUGCUCUGCCUCCUCAUUCUCCGAGAAACAUCACACCAACUCCCCCAAAUCCGACGACGUUGUCGAGCUCCCGCUCUUCCCUCUCCCUCUCGUCCUCUUUCCCGGCGCAAUCCUCCCUCUUCAGAUCUUCGAGUUCCGCUACAGGAUCAUGAUGCAUACCCUCCUUCAGACUGACCUCCGUUUCGGCGUGAUUUACGCCGAUGCCGCCACCGGCACCGCCGACGUGGGCUGCGUCGGGGAGGUCGUCAAACACGAGCGUCUCGUCGACGACCGGUUUUUCUUGAUCUGUAAAGGCCAAGAAAGGUUCCGGGUAACGAAACUGCUUCGGACUAAACCAUAUUUGGUCGCCGAGGUGACGUGGCUGGAGGACCGCCCGUCGGCCAAUGGGGACGAAGACUUGAACUCCUUAGCUAACGAAGUCGAGACUUACAUGAAAGAUGUGAUACGUUUAUCCAACAGGCUGAACGGGAAGCCCGAAAAGGAGGUCCAAGAUUUGCGGAGGAAUCUGUUUCCGACGCCGUUUUCGUUUUUUGUGGGGUCGACGUUUGAAGGGGCUCCCAGGGAGCAGCAGGCGUUGCUGGAGUUGGAGGACACGGCCACGAGAUUGAAGAGGGAGAAGGAGACUUUGAGGAAUACUUUGAAUUAUUUAACCGCGGCUUCUGCGAUGUCUUUUUCUUAUGAUAAGCACAAGUAGUGAUUGAUGGUAGCUUUUUGUUGAUUGUGAUGAGUGAGAUGAUCGAGGAGAUAGGACAUUCCAAGGUGAUUUUCUAGUAUUAUUGCUGUUGAUUUAUGCCAGUAUGUUGUGCUAAUUUUGUUUAGAAACAUUUUACAUGCAAUUGGUGCAAGUGACGGUGAUAUGACAAAGGCAGUUGAGCUUUGUUUUACAAUUAUAUUAUGCUCUGGCCUGUGUGAUUGAGUAUUCGAGAAAAAGUUUGCUGUGACCUUUAAGUGUGGAAAAUCUAGUUGCUAUAAAUCUUGGAACUCCUGACUUUUUGAGACUUUUUCUCAAAGCAUACGAAGCAUUUGCACUCAUUUAUUUAUUUAGGAAUUCUGCAGCAGUCAAGCUUGAUGUUCCCUUUUUUAUUAUGCUUCUGAUGGUUUCACCUUUUUUGUUUGCCCCUUUUGGAGGCUUUUUAUAUAUGGCUCUAUUGCUUAGAACGGUUGUGCCUCAGAUUUUCUGUUCUGUAAUCUGUAAUAACAUUGGUCUUUCAACAUGCUGAGUCUUCAAACACUCUUUCAAAUCGUCUGAGGUUUCUGUUGGAAAUGUGGAGAACAUUUGUCACAACAGAGCUUCCACACACAGCGUCGUGGAACUAGCAGAUGCCAUGGUGGAACUUUUCAGCGCAAUAGAGCUCCUUCUGUUGCGCACAAUGUCGUGGUGGAACCAUCUAUCAUUUUAUUGGAGCUAAGCAGAUUUCUUGUGCAAUAAUUUCAAACUGAUACUACUACAGUGUGCUCGUCGAAAUCAUCCUCUGUGAAGGUGUAGGUGGGAAUUUUAUUUGCAGGUCGUGGUCCUUCAUGGUGUUCCCUUGUCGUCCCAGUAUUGUGUGCGUCUCUUUUUCCAAUAAAGAUUCAGGAGAUAGAUCCAUGGAACAUUAUUAUUCUUUUGUCCUGGAGAUAUCACCAUUUCUGACUGGUAUUUAUUCA